UUCAUUUUUCAUCAUCCGAAAUCGGAGAGAAUUCGUCGAUGAUAUCCUCGGGGAUUUCCGAUUGAGGAGACCGCCAAGCCACGGCGAGGCGAAGCCGUGCGUCGGAUCGGCAGAGGAAAUGAUAGAUUUCGCCGCGUUAGUGCUCCGCAGAAUUCGCGAAAUCCGAUUUCGCGACACCACGAGAAAGUCAUCUGGACCGAGAUCUGAUCGGUGGAGAAGAGAACUCCGUCAAUUGGGAGAAAUCGAACGUGGCGGUGGUAAGGCGAUUUCUCUCGUUCAAUGCUGAAUCCCUAUUGUCACCGUGGGCCUGAGCUGGGAAGCCCAUUUAUCGAACUUGGGUCCAGUUACAAAGAGUGUUGGGCUACGAGGGAAAACCCAAAUGAAGAGAAUGAGCUUUUCUCUCGUUCGACAUUUGAGGUUUCUUCAUCUCUCUUCUUGAACGCAAGGCAAGGUCGUUUCUUUGCAUAUCGUCUCUCUGUUUCCGGAAGUUGGAACUGCAAGCUAAGAUCGUUUCUUGGCAUAUCGUCAUCUCUGUUCUUCAGCAAGCUUGAUUCCAGGUUCAAUUGGAACAAUGUCUUUCCAGACAUGUCACCUUUGUGGAAGCUCCUCCACCAUGAACUACUGUUGGCGUCAUCAAGCUCCACGAAUUUGUCAGGGUUUACACAUGAAUUACGCUCGUACUGAGCAGGGUCAUAUCCAAUCACCUUUAUGUCAAGUCUGCCGACAAAACCCGGCCCUAAUAGCUUGCUUUGACGAGAAUAUGAUGUUUUGCUACAUUUGCUUCAGAACUUACAACACUUGUGUUCCAGCCAGUCAUUCCCUCAAUGUCAUACCGUUUUCAUAUCACACAGCUUGUCGGGGUCUAAAUCGACUGCCUAUUAUUCAAUCUGUUGGUGAUGGACGUGAUGGAGGACAUGGUAGAGGACGACGUCCCAGAGGAAGACAUUCUCAUGUGGUCGGGCCAGACUUAGAACUACGCCUUGGAGCUGGUCCUCCUCGUCCGCCUUACCAAGCUGGAGGUCAACAUCAAGUUGCUGGAAUCAACAGGAGCUUUUAUUUAGUAGUGGGGCUUCAAUCAACAAUAGGUUCUGUCCAUGUUAGAAACUUUGGAGGGGAGUUAAUUGUUAGGACUCGUCCACAGUUGUCCAUGAUUGGAAGUGACAUCGUGGGCUUCCAGGUUUUAGCUGACGAGCAAACACAGAUCCAGGAAAUGCUUAUCGCCUCCUCUUUGGCUGAAGUCAAAAGAAAUACCACGCAGAAGAAGGAAAUAAGUGUCCUGGAGUUGAUGGCAAUGAUGGACUCUGCCAAGGAAUCUCUCAUAAAGAUUCUUGUCCAAGGAGAUUUCUCUGAAUACCUAGCUGAUUAAAGUAUGCACUUCACUACCCGUUUAGCUGAUAUGUUAAGCGAAUUCUCAGAUGAUCUGCAAGCACAGUCAAAGGUAACCGAGUUCUUGAUGGAUGAAAUCGAGGUUUUAAGUAAGUGCGAAUGUCUGGUUAUUCCAAGAUCAGUAUUCCUGGAAAUUUUCUCUCACGAUAUGUGGACGAUAUCCACACAAAACCGGUCGACUUCAUCAGAGUUAUCUGGGACUACAUUGGGCAAGUGUUCAUAUCUGUUAUUACCAAAUACUCUGUCACGUUCUCAGAGAUCCAAGGAAGCAUCAAAGAAGCUGGUGAAAAGCUAAUCAUCAAGAUGAAGGAACAGUCUGUGGAGCAAGUGAUAAAGAUCCUUGAAAUGGAGAAACUAAGUGAUUACACAUGUAACCCUGAAUACAUGAAGAAGGAUUGGAGUCUGAAGACAGCUACACAAGCAAGCUUCCUACAUGCACGACAAGGAAGACCCUGAGUACUUCGAAUUAGAUGGAUUCGGGAAUGUGCAGAUUUCGCAUCUGAGGAAGUAUCAAGCUCAUUUACUGGAGCAGGCAUUCAAUAUGAAACUGAGGAUAUUAUCAUACUGGCCUAUUGUCCUGCAAAGGUUAGUCGACAAUCUCGGGAUGCAUCUUCAGCUCUCUGUGAGGUAUCUUGUCAACACCCAAUUUAAGAGUGAGAUAGUUGCGAAAAUGUUGGCUCCUAGAGGUGGCGGAGUAGUCGAGAGGAAGCUGCUGGGGAUUGGCGAUCAAGAUGAAGAACAGUUUCCAGCUCUUGAAGGAGUAUGAUACUUCCUUCUGGUUAUGGAGAUUGUAGGAAAUAUUGAAUGAAUUUUUUGUUUUGUUGGUUUGGUGCGGGAAAGAAAUAUUGUUUCCUCUUGUUGGUACAUUUGGUUUGUUGUUGGUAAAGUACACAACUGCUUUCAAAGGAGCUUUAUGGCA